GCGCGCUGCGGCUCAGCAGCUCUCGGUCUUGCUCGAGUCUAGACUCUCGUCUCACUCUCAUGGUUAGAGUCUCACUCCUUUCGCUGCAACUCGCAGUCGCAUCUUGCCUCUCAGCUCUCAGCCUCGUCCUCGUCUCUCAAUUUCUGGCUCUCAGACUCGCAAUCGAAUCUCGGAUCAUCUGAAUUUGACUCACCACUCUCAGAAUUACAGGUUACGAGGCAAUUCUAGUUGUUUCAUCAACCAUGGAGGAGACUGCUAACCACUCAAAUAAUGGUGAUGUUAAGAAAGAUGAUGCACCUCAGCUCUCUGCAUUAUUGAAAGAAAUGAAAGAAGGACUUGAUUCUAUACGAAGUAAAAUUCAGUCUUUAACUGUCAAGGUCAAACAAAAUGAGUACCCUACCGCGGAGGGAUUUAGCUAUCUUGAAGCUAAAAAUUUGCUGCUCCUGAACUAUUGUCAGUCCCUUGUCUAUUAUUUGCUCCGAAAGGCUAAAGGGUUAUCAAUAGAAGGACAUCCUGUUGUGCGAAGUAUUGUGGAGAUUAGAUUAUUUUUGGAAAAGAUUCGGCCAAUUGACAAAAAACAACAGUACCAAAUACAAAAAUUAACAAAGGCUAGUGAGAAUGUGAAGGGAAAUGUUAUUGCAAAUGAGGAGCCAGUUGCACCCAAUAAGAGUGAGGAUGUAUCAAAAUAUCGCCCGAAUCCUGACAUGCUUGUUAGCAAGUUAGAUAACCAAUCUCAGGAUGGUGAUGCUGUGUAUCGUCCUGUAAAAAUUGCACCUACUUCUAUGGAGUUAGAUAAGACAUCAAAGCAGGAAAGAAAUGCAUUGAGAAGAGAGAAAGAGAUUCUGAGGCAAGCUAAGCAGAGUGAUUAUAUCAGGUCAUUGAUGAAUGACAUGGAGGAUCGGCCUGAAGAGGUCAGGGAUUUCAUGGGAACUAGCAGGGAAGUUGAAAAACAUGUUGCCAAGAUGGAGGACCGUGCCCAACAAGAAGAGGAGCUCUUCACUCGAGUUCCACUUUCAAAGAUGGAAAGGAAGAGAGAUAAAUACUUGAAGAAAUCAAGAAACGGGUUGCAAGGUCUGACAGAGAGUUUCUUUGACGAAAUCAAAACAUUACCCUUUGGGGAUAAAAGUGGAGAGCAAAUGGUGGGCUCUAGUAACAAUGGUAGCAGGAAAGGGGGACUGAAAAAGCGAAAGAGGAGACAUUGAAGCUUGUUUUCACCUCAAAGAGUGGAUGAAGUUGCUAUCCAGAAAUCGCGUAUUGUGGCUUCGGGAGGAGGUAGUAGGGAUGUAGGGAGGGCCUUGAUCUAUCUUGCCCAAAUUUUUCGUUUGACCAUUUUGGAUCUUUUUGUUUCGAAGAUAUAUUAGUUGGUCAUCUUUAGUCCUUGUAUCAAAUCUUCAAUCUAAUGUCUCAUUGAUGAUGUAAUUUUUUAUUAGGAAGAUAGAUUUGUCAGUCCUUAUAGUUUUAUUGGAUUUUGAAUUAUGUUCC